AUGCGUAUUUUUCCGUUGGUCAGUAUCGUGACAGCAUAUAACGAAGUGUCGCGAUGCGGAUUUGAGAACAUCCCGAUCCUGUAUAUGAAUCUGGAUAGCCAAGUGGAGCGUCGAAUGCGCUUGACGGAGAUGUUCCCUGAAGCUAUCCGAAUUCGGGCCGUUGAUGGUCGGAAUGCCACAGAAUUGUUGUCCCGCUUGGAUCACGAUCUGGAUCCACAGGAAUUUUCGAAGGAGAAUCUUGUCAAUGCCACAAAAAAGCAUUUCAAAGCUUUUCCUGCGGGUUACGAGUAUAUGAUACUUGCUGAGGACGAUGUGGCGGCACCUUUGUGUGGGAUUCUUCCCUCCACGUUGGAUCGAGUAAUAAAGCAGCUUAAUGAGGUAGAUCCGGAAUGGGAGGUAUUACGUCUGCAAUGGACGGUCAAGGGAGAUAGUAUGUACAAAAUGAAGAAGGGACAGUUAAAUCGAUUAGGAGAACUCGUUCAUGAGCUGGGUGACGAAUAUCGACAGUCGCUACUGGAAACCUAUGGCGCUUGGGAAAAUGCCCCCGUACUUGGAAGGUUUACUGGCGGCUGGGGCAAUGUCUUUAAUGUCUGGCAUCGGAGGGCCAUGAAGAAGUUUACUGAAAAAUAUGGAGGUAGAAUAGUGAGUGGUAUUCAAAGAUGGAAAUGUCCUGACGGUGAUGAGUGCAUAAGUAACGGUCUCUUUGUUCGUCAGAGCACUAAGCACUCGUAUGUUGUGCUUCCCCCAUGGGUCCAGAAUGAGCCUGGGGAACGCGGUAGUCUUAUUCGAGAAGGGAGAAGCAAUCAUCGAUUCCAUUUGUCUGCGGUGGCAUUAAGCACUCAGUGGCUGGUGGAGCUAAGAGAAUUCGUGAGAAGGGGAGCACAAGAUCUCUACCCUGAUCCGGAACUUGUAUGGCGAGCAGUGAAGCGCAGGAAACCGUGA